AUGGCUUCGUCAUUUCCCGAAAUUUUAACCGUGCCGAAAGCCAUUUCGUCCACCGUUUGCGCCAGAGUCUCCCCUAGAAUCCCAUCCGUUAGAAUCACCCGCCGACCCUCGCAGCGCAUUCACAGCGCAUCAAACGGCGAUAGGAACGUUUCAAUAGCGGCGUCCGAAGCAGCCGAGCGACGCGAGGCGAGAUUGAGGGAGCUUAUAGCGGAGCAGAUGGCGCAAGUGGAGGAGGAGGAGAAGCCGUACAGAUUCGUGGACGGACGGAAGUACUAUCUAGAUGAGCUGGACAUCCCGGGAUUCCUGGACGGCUCGCGGUAUUUACGGCCAUCGGAUCCAGAAACUUACAAUCCGGCAGUAUUCCUGUGGAAGAAGAUUGGCGACAUUCCCGAAGAGAGGCGCCACAGGCUGCUGGGCCUGCUAAAACCGCAUCACAUCACCCUCAUGUGGGACGCGGCUGGCAAUCGCUUUCAGCUGGAGCAGGAAGAUGGGGAGGAAGGUGCGGACCCGGUGACGUCAGCAGGGGGAAUGCUGCCGGACGUUGCCACGGGAGGGGAGGAGAGUUGGAUGGGAGAGGAGAUGAGGGGAGGAGAGAGGAGGGGGGGGAGAGUUAAGAAGCGGAUGGGAUGGGAGGGGGAGGGAAGAGGAGGGGAGGGGAGGGCAGAGGGAGGGAAGACGAGGGGAGCAGAGGGAAUUGGGAAGUGGGACGAGGGAAGUGGGACGAGGGAAGUGGGAGCAGAGGGGAGGAGGAGCAGAGGGGAGGAAGAGCAGAGGGGAGGAGGAGCAGAGGGGAGGAGGAGCAGAGGGGAGGAGGAGCAGAGGGGAGGAGGAGCAGAGGGGAGGAGGAGCAGAGGGGAGGAGGAGCAGAGGGGGGGAGGAGCAGAGGGGAGGAGGAGCAGAGGGGAGGAGGAGCAGAGGGGAGGAGGAGCAGAGGGGAGGAGGAGCAGAGGGGAGGAGGAGCAGAGGGGAGGAGGAGCAGAGGGGAGGAGGAGCAGAGGGGAGGAGGAGCAGAGGGGAGGAGGAGCAGAGGGGAGGAGGAGCAGAGGGGAGGAGGAGCAGAGGGGAGGAGGAGCAGAGGGGAGGAGGAGCAGAGGGGAGGAGGAGCAGAGGGGAGGAGGAGCAGAGAGGAGGAGGAGCAGAGGGGAGGAGGAGCAGAGGGGAGGAGGAGCAGAGGGGAGGAGGUCCAUUGUUGUGGCUUUCACGCUUUCAAAAGUCAUCUCAGGUGGCCCUCUCUUUACAGGCCUCUCCAAUGUAAUCACCCCCUUGUACUUCCGCAUCCGGGCGGCAACUAAUGUCCUCGCAACAGACGAGCCGUGUGAUCUCUCCUUCGACUAUGAAUCCGGGCAGCUGCACCUGAAAGAUUCGGGGCUGCCCGAAGGUUUCCCUGACCCUCGUGAGUUGAAUUCUUUGAGAUUUGCAGUGGGGCCGGGGGGGGCCCGGGGUGAUAGUGGAGCAGUCGUGGCAGGAGGGCAGGGGGGCGAGGGGGUAGAAGCCCCUCUUCCACAAUCCAUUCUUCUCACUCUCACUAUCUCUCCCUUCUACUCCUCUCUCUCCCCACCGACCCACCCCACCCCUCUUCUCACUUCUAUACGACCCCACCCACCCAUAUUUGACGACGAUUUCAGAGACUACGUGAGGGCAGCAGGGCCGGGGGUGAUAGUGGGGCAGUCGUGGCAGGAGGGGAGGGAGGUGGAUGCAGAGCCGAGGCAGUUCCUGGGGGAGUUUAUCCUCGUUAGAAGACACCCUCAUCAAGUGAAUGUUUUAUACUAG